AACACAAAGCAGAGCUGCUCUAGGCGAAGAAGAAAAGGAGAACGACGACCACCAACCACCUGUUCCACGCGACGUAGAGGUUGGACCUGACAACUCCAUCACUGCUGUUGCGCCUAUUCGAGAAGAAGACAGUUCCACGUCUUAGCUUUUUCUCGCGCUGCCUCCAACAAUAACGGUGCUGUCAGCUACGCGAGAGAGUGAGGCAUCUCCAACUCCUUCGUUUGGCGGCGGUGUUUUCUCCCCGCCUCUAUCAUUUCAUCAUCAUCAUCAUCUUCUCUGAAGCAUAAGGGUUUGCGUCAUGCGGUCCAGUUCACUAGAUCCUGAGUCUCGACAAAACCUUUGAAAAUUUUGGAGACAUUUUGUUGAAUUAACAAUUCUCUGUGAGUGUGAGCUGCAAUGGUUUACAUAACUUCGUGGGACGAGUUUGUUGACCGAUCCAUUCAGUUGUUCCGUGCCGAUCCUGAUUCUACGCGGUAUGUCAUGAAAUACAGGCAUUGUGAUGGCAAAUUGGUACUUAAGGUCACCGACAAUCGAGAGUGUCUGAAGUAUAAGACGGACCAAACACAAGAGGCUAAAAAGAUGGAAAAACUGAAUAAUAUAUUCUUUUCAUUGAUGGCUCGGGGACCAGAAGUGGAUCUAUCAGAAGUCACUGGGAAAGAACAAAUGGAUGCACAACCGACCAAAAGAGGAAGAGGGAGGAAGCAAUAACUGAUAUGUCUGGCUGUCUAAAAGAUCUUCAUGUAUCGUAGGAAAUCAGUAAUGAUUUGAUAGACUUUUUUACCCCUUUCCAAAAUCUUACAGCAAUGCCUUGAUUGCAUUUGCAGAAUUUUUUGUUUUCUGAAUUCGUCUCUCGUAUGUUAAUUAAUCUUGGGUAUGGUUUUGCGUACAACAAAAUUAUUCACAUAUCAUUGACAAAUUGGCAU